GGAACGCUGCUUUCAACAGCAACAACAGUUCGUCAACCACCUCGGUGUCUUGCUACACAAAAUAGUCGAAACAAGAAAGCUCUUUAGACGAUUUAGUGUAUAUUAGCCACUGUGUUUUAAACCCACUUCUGUCGUCAAAUUAGUUAUCCGAUUUAUUUUGAUAUUUACGGUGUUGUUAUUGGUCAGCUAGCGGGCUGGUUAAAUUAGCAUUAGCCUAGCUAGCUAACAUCUCCGACCAUGAGCUCACAAAGCUACUCUUCUCCUGCUAAAGAAGAGGUCUGCUGGACGGAGAAAGAAACUCUCGUGAAAGAGGAGGAGGAAGAGGAGGCUGUUACAAUACAAAAACAAAUAGAGGUUGUGGCUGUUACCGUGAAGGAAGAGGAAGACGCGUUCAGAGUGAAAGAGGAGGAGGAUGUUACAGUAAAAGAAGAGGCGGCAGAGAGAGAGGAGGAUGCAGUUUAUGGAGUGAAAGAGGAGGAGGGGGAGAUGACUGUCACAUCGAAAAGGGAGGAGGAGGAAACUGGAUAUCUGGGCUCGGUUUCCCAAAGGCAACUUAUGCCGUCCAAUGGUUCUAACAAUGAAGUUAGCCGUGAAACGGUUUUGAAAAACCGGGCCCUGAUUAACACUAGAGAGAGACAGGACUAUCGUGGAUCCUCUGGGGAGCCUCAACAACAUCAUGACGCUAACGAGGCAGAGAAGAGUCUCUCCACAUCAGAACAUCUCAAACACCAGCAGAGACCCUCAGGGAAGAAACCUCACCACUUCUCUGACUUUAGAAAGAGUUACUCAAGAUCAUAUUCACUAAAAGUACACCAAAGAAUUCACAAAGGAGAGAGAACAUAUCGCUGUAGUCAAUGUGGAAAGAGAUUUGCUCACUUAAAAACACUAAUAUUACACCUGAGAAUACACACAGGGGAGAAAUGUCACAGCUGCUCUGAUUGUGGGAAGAGAUGCACCUCUUUAGUCACCCUUAAAAUACAUCAAAGAAUCCAUACAGGAGAGAAACCUUAUAGCUGCUCUGACUGUGGGAAGAGGUUUUUUUGGUCAGGACAUUUAAAAUCACACCAGAGAAUACACACGGGAGAGAAACCUUAUAACUGUGACCAAUGCGGGAAGAGUUUUACUCAGUCAAACAACCUGAUAUCACACCAGAGAACACACACAGGUGAGAAGCCUUACCACUGCUCUGAAUGCGGUAAGAGUUUCUCAAGAACAGAUACACUAAAAGUACACCAGAGAAUCCAUACAGGAGAGAAACCUUAUAGCUGCUCUGACUGUGGGAAGAGGUUUUUUUGGUCAGGACAUUUAAAAUCACACCAGAGAAGACACACUGGAGAGAAGCCUUACAGCUGUGAUCAAUGUGGGAAGAGUUUUACUCAGUCAAGCAACCUGAUAUCACACCGGAGAACACACACAAGAGAGAAAUAUCACAGCUGCUCUGAUUGUGGAAAGAGAUGCACCUCUUUAGUAACCCUUAGAAUACACCAGAGAAUCCACACAGGAGUGAAAUGUUAUAGCUGUGAUCAAUGUGGAAAGAGUUUUACUCAGUCAAACAACCUGAUAUCACACCAGAGAACACAUACAGGAGAGAAGCCUUACCACUGCUCUGACUGCGGGAAGAGUUUCUCCAGAUCAGAUUCUCUAAAAAGACACCGGAGAACACACACAGGUGAGAAAUCUCAUAGCUGUGAACAAUGUGACAAGAGAUACUCUGAUAAAAGAUCUCUGAUUAAACAUCAGAAAAUUCAUACAUGAAGGAGUUGUUCUAUGAUAUCAAUUAAAUAAUAAUGAGUAUUUUGACGAUGUUCUAUUGAUUUCAGGGUAAUAUGGAUAUUAGCCUCAUCAGGGGAAAAAUCCAGGUUCUGAAUUGAAAGAGUACUAUUUAACAACAAAAAAGUGUUGCGUUACACUUACCGCAUUGUUGACCCAAGUGAAUUAAAAUGCAACAUUUCAAAAUGUAGUUAGCUGUUUGCUACUAAUUGUUGUCUCACCGGUGAUGUACACAUUUUUCCCAGAUUCCGUGUGGUUUUUGAUCUGUUAGUUUUAACAGGACGUGCAACUUCAUCUCCCCCCCUCUCGCGCAAUUUAUUUCCAAGUGAUAUCGAUAUGAGUGAUGACAAAUAAGUGUUGCUUUUCUCUUAGUUUUGGGGACCCAUACAUUUAAAUGCAUCACUCCAAAAUGUAGAUGACAGUCUUCUGCAAAUUGUUGUUAUUACACUACUGAAGAAACAUGACUCAAAUCACCUCAUAUUUCAAACAUCCAGUCUGACAAAAUAUACAUGUUUUAUUAUUCCAUGGCUCCACCAUUAAGUUCAUUAUUGCUAAUACCUAUUAACAAAGGGGUGUACAUUUGGCUUUGAUAUUGAAUAUUUCAUAACAUUUUCAAUUCAUGUAACAUUUGCAACCAAAUGACAAUUUUUAUACAUGUUUAUAAAACAAUGUAAAACAAGCUUAUAUUUUGGGUUGGAUAUUACAUCCUAGUCUUACUAUUUUAGUCAAUGGCAUUUCCUUAGAAUGCUCAUUAGUCUUUCAGUUAUUAUUGUUAUUCUUUAGUUUUUUUUAUCCUUAUGAUUGUUGUGUAGGAAAUAUUCGUUUUUAUUUUCAUUGUUUUCCAUUAGUUUUUUCCUGUGAAGCCAUGUCUGAAAUGUGCUGUAUAAAUGAAGCUUGAUUUGAUUUGAACAUAUUGCAAAACAAAAUAACCCAAUGACCGACCAAUUUUUUGGUACAAUUAUAUUGUUUUCUAACAAUGUAAUAAAACAAGCUUAUAUUUUUGGUUGGAUAUUCCGUCCUAUUCUUACUAUUUUAAUCAAUGGCAUUUCCUUCGAAUGCUUAUUAGUCUUUCAGCUUUUAUUGUUAUUCUUUAGUUUGUUAUCCAUAUGAUUGUUGUGUAGUAAAUAUUUCAGAAUUUAUUUUUAAUUUAAAAAAAAUUCCCUGUGAAGCACGUUGCUUUGCAUCCAUGUCUGACGUGUGCUAUAUAAAUAAAGCUUGAUUUGAUUUGAACAUAUUGUAAAACAAAUUAACACAAUGACCGACCAAUCAACAGACUCUUGCAAAACAAAAGAACAAAUAUGUGUAAAAGCAACACAUAUCUUGGUCCAUCUUAGUACGAUAAACUAUAAAUUCAGUAUAGGGCGGCAGGUAGCCUAGUGGUUAGAGCGUUGGGCCAGUAACCGAACAGUUUCUGGAUCGAAUCCCAGAGCUGACAAGGUAAAAAUCUGUUCCUUGGUAGGCCGUCAUUGUAAAUAAGAAUUUGUUCUCAACUGACUUGCCUAUUUAAAUAAAGGUUAAAGAAAAAAAGAGUUUCCAUUGUGUAAAAAUAGUGCAUGGUAUGUAAGUUUAUCACUUUUCAACCAAUCCACUACAUUUUUGUUGAAAAUGUUGAAAUUGUAGUGUAAUAUGUAGGUUGGUGGAAAGGAUCCAACCAUUAUGUAGGUUGGUGGAAAUGAUCCAACCAUUAUGUAGGUUAGUGGAAAUGAUCCAACCAUUAUGUAGGUUGGUGGAAAUGAUCCAACCAUUAUGUAGGUUAGUGGAAAUGAUCCAACCAUUAUGUAGGUUGGUGGAAAUCCCCAUCGACUGAGGAUGAGGUGUCUCCAUUUUGUAGAUGUGUAAUAAUGAUGUUGAAUAAUAAUAAACUACAUUCAUCAA